AUGCAACGACACAAUCUUUUCAUAAUAACCGGUGGAAAUCGCGGUUACGGGCUUGCCAUCGCAAAUGCACUAAAGGCUAAUGUGGAGUCACGGCAUUUGACCACCCUUAUCCUGGUUGGACGCGAUUCAACGUCUCUGGAACAAGCCGCUAGGUCCCUUACAGAACCGCAGCUAAAGUGCUUUUGUAUCGGUAACGCAGAGCUCGACAACCUAGAUACCGUUGAUAACAGACUAAUAUUGCCUGCCUCCUUCCAGCAAAUUCAGACCUCAUCCCCCAUUACCAAUGCGUAUCUUAUCAACAAUGCUGGUACCACUGGGGAUCUCUCCAAGAAGGCUUCAGCUUACAAUUCGGCCGAGAUUAAGCAGUACUACGAUGUCAAUAUCGUUUCUUAUGUGUCGCUGGUAUCUGGGUUCAUCAAACUAUUCCGUCAACCUCCUUCUUCCGAUGAGAGCGCUUUUCCACCUGAUCUUACGAUUGUCAAUAUUUCGUCACUUUUGGCAGUUCAAGCAUUCCCUAAUUGGGGACUUUACGCUAGUGGCAAGGCUGCCAGAGACAUGUUCCUUAAAGUCGUUGCUACAGAGGAGAAAGACAAUCACAUCAAAACAUUGUCUUAUGCCCCCGGACCUCUUGAUAAUGAGAUGCAAACUCAAGUCCGUGCAACACUAGGAGACGCAGAACAAAAGAAAAUUUAUGAUUCCAUGGCUGAUGAGGGAAAACUCGUGAAGAUGGAGGACUCUGCCAAGAAGCUCCUCAAGCUUGUAUUCUCCAACGAGUUUGAGAGUGGAGUUCACAUAGACUUUUAUGAUAUUUGA